AUGGAGGUGGAAGAGGAGGGAAGACGCUCUCCAAGCUAUCGUGGGGAAGCGUGCAUCCCCGAGAGCCUCUUUGAUCGCGUAACGCAAGUGUUACGCGGCGAUCUCGAACACGAGCGAAACAGGCGUCUCCAAAUGGCGGACACUGUCUCGAAGCAUCGAGCUGAGUUUGCCUUUGCUCAGAUCGAGAACGAGAGAGCUUUGACAACUCUGCUUGACGAGCCAAGGGUAGCUCGUGGGAUUGUUGACCGGUCUCGGGCUGAGAUAACUGCUCUUCAGACCCUUGUCGAUGCCCACCAUCGGGAGCACAAGGCUCUCUGCGAGAUGCUUGAGCGCAAGGGCGUUCUUCAUCGGAAGAAGCAGCGUACUGAUGGUACGGCUUAA